UGUGGGACAUAGAGCUGCUUAAAUCCGAUGAUCUUCUGUUUGUUGGAAAUGGAUGGAAAGACUUUGUGAAAGUCAAUGAAUUGAAUGUAAACUGUGUCUUGAUGUUCAAAUUUAAGAGAAACUCGAGUUUUGAGGUGUUAAUCUUUGAUCAAGGGAGUUCUUGUGAGAAGGAGUCAACCUACUUUGUUAAGAAAUGUAAGCAUACUAAGUCUGAGCAUGAAGAUAAAAAAAAGAGGACUGCAAGAGAGGCAUCCAACACUGAAAUUAUUGAGGAUGGUGGUGAAGAAGAUUCUGCUUUUUUUGUAUCAAAGAAGUCCAAGAAAGAUGAUGAAGCAUUGAUUUCCUCCGGAGGAAAGGUGAACACUCAAGCUUCAAGAAAAGGUGCGCUGAAUGCAGCCGCAAAAGCUAGAGGAGGAACAAGAAGGAUACUGCCAUGCCGAUUGCCAAUCAAACGAAAAGUUCAAUCUGAAAAAAAGUCUUUCAGAAAUGAAACAGACAAGGAACUGAGUGAAAUAUCGCAGAGAGAUGUGAUCACAGCUGAAAAUAGAGAAAGUUCCCCUGAGAAAGUUGAUUCUGACAAGCUAGAGUCCCAUUCUAAAAAGAGCUUGAACAAAAAUGAUGCUGCUAAGGAACAAAGUCAGAUUUCAAGGAGGGAAUUGAUCAGCCCGGAAAAUGGUGAAAAUUCUCCAACUGCAGAACGUUCUGAGAAAUUGAAGGGCCAACCUGCAGAAGAGCAGCCAAGUGCAAAUCAUGUUGAAAAUGAACCGAUGCUGAAUUCUGAGAUGGACAUAACCACUGAAAAUGAAGAAAGGGAGUUGGUUGUGGACCGUGCUCCUAAACCGAAGCCCCAAUCUGAAAAGAGGCCUAGUAGUAAUGGAACUCCUAAGGAACCAACUCAGAUACUAGUGAAGGAUCUGAUCACCCCGGAAAAUGGCAAAAAUUUCCCAGUUAAAGGUUCUUCUAACGGAUACAACGGUGAAGCAGAAAAGGAAUCAAGUAGAAGAAGAGAAAUUGUUAAGGAACGGAGUCCGAUUUCUGGGCGGGAGGUGAUUAGACCUAAUUACAAAGAAACUUCCUCAGAGGAGAAUCGUUCUCGUAAAUCUUGUGGAAAAAGGCACAGACUGAAAAAGCAAGAGCCUCCUAGUUCAUCUAAAAAGCUGGUAUUCAAAAGUGUUUCGGAAGAAAGAAAGUCUGUGGUGAAGGAGUACAUGUCAAACAGAAGGCCAGUGACUGAAGUGGAGAAAGAGGAUGCUUUGCUAAGGGCUAAUCCGAAACAAAGUGAAGAUAGCUUCAUUGCAGUAAUGCAGCCUACUAGUGUUUACAAAAGAUUUUUCUUGGACAUUCCUGCAAAGUGGAUGCAACAGCAUCUCCCCUGCCGAAACCAAGAAGUUAUUCUUCGUGUGGGCAAGAAAAUAUGGCAUACUUCUCUAAUUACUCACGGCAAGAAAGAUGCAAGUAUCUCUACUGGAUGGAAGAAAUUUGCCCUUGACAAUUCCUUGGAAGAGUCCGAUGUGUUAGUCUUUAAUUUGGUUAGUCAGAAAGACAAGGCCAGUGCUGUGAUGGAUGUUGACAUAUUCAGAGUCGUCGAGAAAAUCACUCCUCUUUCUGUAGUGUCUUAGACUAUUAGAAGGCUUUUAGUGGUCUGGCUAAGAAAGUAGACUGUGAUUUGCCUAAUCUUUGGCUGUGUUUUGAUAUACUAACCGUCAUCGACUUAUUGUAAAUGUAACUGACAGACUUAACCUAUAAAAGUACUUGGUGUAUGUAUGAUAUGGUAUUAAGAAUGCAUCAGCUUCCUUAGAUGUGGCAAUUUCU